AUGCCACAGGUGUUCAGCGCUUUAAAUGCACUUAAUGAAACGAUGGUAUCUAAAUUAUGGAUUUGGGAUUCAUUGGUCAAUAUUAUACCAGCUGAUAUGUUUGCUCAGGUUCGUCCUCGAAUUUUAUCUAUAGAAAGAUCAGGAUUAAGCCUAUUUCGUCCCGGUGCAUUUAGUAAAAUAGGACGACGAUUACAAGUGCUACAGUUGAGGAAUAAUAUUAUCAAACGAAUAGAGCCUAUUAUGUUCAAAGAUUUGGAUCGUCUUGAAGUGCUGGACCUGGGAGGCAACAAAAUUUCCUCAAUUAUUGCAGGUGAAUUGGAUCGGCUAAAAGAUUUGGAUACGCUAAUCUUAAGUGAUAAUCAAAUAUCUAAUAUUGAAGAUGGAGCUUUUGCAUCUUUGAGUAAUCUAAGAACAUUGAAUCUAGCGAACAACAAACUGAUGAAUAUAUCUGCUGGCACUUUCCGUGGUCUUAACAACCUGGAAACGCUGAAUUUGCAAAGCAACAACAUUUUAUAUGUUAAUUGGAAUGCUUUCGCGCAACUGAAGAAUUUGAAAUAUUUAAAUCUUGGAAAUAAUCAUAUUUCACGGAUAGAUCUUCGUGGAUUGAAAUCGUUAGAAAAAUUAUUUGUUAACAACAAUAGCAUCCAAUCAAUGAAAAAUAUUACGUUACGUGAUCUACGCAAUCUCGCUUUGUUAAGUCUAGAUAGAAAUUCGAUCACAGAAGUACUAAAUGGUGAUUUGCAUUCGUUAGGUGAAAGCGGCAGACUCAGCACAUUUUCGAUUGCAGCGAAUAAUAUUGGUAAGAUUGAAGCUCGUGCAUUAGAGCCAAUACAUCAAAUUACUGCACUUUCGCUACAAAACAAUCAACUCACUUCACUGACAAGUAGUGAUGGGACAGCGGAUGUAUCUUUUUUGCGACCAUUAAAAAAGCUUACUAAGCUAUAUUUAUCGAAUAAUAAUUUGGUACGCGUAGGAGAACAUGAUUUCAGCACACUGAACUCGUUGAAGUUAUUAGCGCUUGAUAAUAAUCAAAUUGAAGAGAUACACGGGAAGGCAUUCAUUGGUUUGCCUUUAAAACGCUUGUACCUCAAUCGUAAUCGCCUUUUGUAUUUGCCCAAACAGUUACUCGAUAAUCUCAAUGUUGAACAACUUAGUGUCGUCGAUUUCUCAGAUAAUCUCUGGCAAUGCAUUUGCGGUGAAGAAUGGCUGGCGGACUGGCUGUCAUCAAUUGGCGAUCGAAACGUGGUUGAUGGCAGUAUGGGAUGUAUUGGAUCACGAGUAUGUGCUACAGAGCAUACAAAUGAAGAACAUAGUAUCUGGAUAACGGUUGUUGCCAGUGUACUUGCAGUUGUUUCAUUGCUUAUUCUGAUUGCAAUAGCAUUGUUGUACGUCGAAGAUGGAAGACGUGUGAAAAAACUAUCAUAUCCAUUAAGGCGAGUACCUUUAGAUCUUCUACAACUUAUACCAAACGGUUCAACUACUUCAUUGCCAUAUGAAAGUGGUAUAGAACCGUUGCUUACAUGUAGCAUACCAAAGGAACCAUUGUUAAACGAUGAUAAACUUCGAUUGUCUACUUGCAUCAAAAGUGCAUUAAUCGUACCGAAUCAUAAUAACAAGAGUGAUAUUGCAAAUAGUAAUAAUGGUUGUAUAAAUGGUAAUGGAAAGAAACGAGUUCGUUUCAACAAUGCAUAG